AUGCAUAAAAUGCUUCUAAGAAGCCUCAUUUGGCAGACUGCAAUUCCAUCCCUCUUCAUUCUCGUUCCAUUCGUGUUGCUGAUUCUUUCGGGCACCUCGGAAAAUGUAUUCGUCGAAGGAGCUGGAAUCCCUUACUAUGCUGAGUUGUUCCCUGCAAUCGCCAUCUGUAUAUUUUCGCUCUAUUCGAUUGCUGACGUCAUCAUCAUGAUGACGUUAACAGAACCUUAUCGACAGUUCAUCAUUGGUCUGAUAUGUCGAAGAAGCGAAGAAGCUGUUACGUUCUUUAUCAAGAGAACC